UUCCCUGUCUCCUACUGAUACCACUCUUUUAUAUCAUCACAUCCUUCUCUUCUCUGCCCAUAUGAUUCCCAUCUUUCUCUGAUCUUCUUCCAACUCUCUCUCUUUUAUGGCCGUUCAGGCUCAGUAUCCUUCCAAUAUCCUCCUCCUCCACAAUCACAACAACAACACCAGCAACCUACAACCAGAUUAUGACUCUUCCUUCCCACCUGCGGAAGCACUUCUUCAUCAAUCUCACAUGUUAUUCGCCAAUGGAGCAGGUAGUACGAAUCCUUCAAAAAGAUCAUCACAAAGUAGACCGCCCAUUGCGGUUGCUCAGGCAGUCCCUAAUGUUGUGAAUUCUAUGUCUCUGCAAUCUCCUCAGCUUCUGGAACUCUCUCAACUGCAUAAUCACCACCACAAUAGCGUCUCCACCGGCCUCCGCUUAUCUUCCUUCGCCGAUCAACAACCACUUCACUUGCUGCCGCACCAACGACAACAAUCAUCGCAGGAUGCAUCUCAUUACUCCCCUGUAUCGCCUCUUUUCUCUCAAGAUUUUGCCUCUCAAAUCAAACAGCACCGAGACGAAAUCGACCAGUUUCUUCGAGCACAGGAAGCGGAAUUACAUCGGACAUUGGCGGAGAAAAGGCAGAGACACUACCGAGUGCUACUCGCCACGGCGGAAGAAACCAUGGCGAGGCGGUUGAGGGAGAAAGACCUGGAGGUGGAGAAAGUCACGCGCAUGAACGCCCAGUUAGAGGCACGCGCCGCGCAACUGAGCGCCGAAGCACAGCUCUGGCAGGCAAAAGCAAAAGCACAAGAAGCAACGGCCGCUUCCUUACAGGCCCAACUGCAACAGGCCAUGAUGAAUGGUACGGCCUCAGAAAAGAGAGAUGAGGGUGGGCUGUCCUGCGCGGCGGGAGCCGACGACGCCGAGUCGGUAUACGUUGACCCGGACCGAUUCGAACCGACCGGACCGAAAUGCAGAGGGUGUGGGAAGUGGGUGGCUUCGGUGGUGGUAUUGCCGUGUCGGCAUCUGUGCAUGUGUGCCAAAUGCGACGUCCAUUUCCGAGCAUGUCCGGUUUGUCUUUCCCUCAAAGAGUCAACCGUUGAGGUUUUCCUAACUUAGGGCCCAAUCCAAUGAUCGGCCCAGUAGGAGGCCCAACUGAAAUAAAAAACAUUAAGUUAAAUAUUUGAAAAUAAAGGGAUGAAAAUUCAUUUUACUACUACUAAUUUUUUAUUUAAUUCAGAUUUAGAUGGGAUGGAGCCUGAUGAAGAGGUCUGGCCUUACAUGUGAUGCACACAUUGUAUGUGGCAUUGUCUUUUUUUUAAAAAAAUUUUUUUAAUAACAUUUGUUCUGACUCUCUUGUUUCUUGGAAAUUCAAUUAAUAUUAUACAUACAUAUUUAUAAAAAAAAUACAUGAUGAUUCAUUUUUAAAAAAAAAAAAACCUGAAAUGUAGAAUGCCAUGCAACAUACAUGAAUAUUUUAAUUUAAUAGUUUUGGUGUUACAUGUGGUUGAAAAGCUUCAUAGGAUUAGCAUUUUUCAUUUAGAGAUUUUUUUUUAAUUUUU